AAGCCGCAACUAAGUUGCCGCGUCAUCACUUCCCACUUCCUCUGACCCACCAUUCGGCAGGGAGACAUGAUGGAAGCGGAUCGCCCAGAGAAGCUUUUCGUUGGGGGCCUCAACCUCAAAACCGACGAGAAAGCCCUCAAAGCCGAGUUUGGCAAGUAUGGCCACAUAAUCAAGGUGUUCCUGAUUAAAGACCGAAAAACCAACAAGUCGAGAGGCUUCGCGUUCGUCACCUUCGAAAGCCCUGCAGACGCCAAGGCUGCCGCCAGAGAUAUGAACGGCAAGUACCUGGAUGGUAAGGCCAUCAUGGUGGCCCAGACCAUCAAACCAGCAUUCGAGAGCAGCCGAUGGGUCCCGCCAACCCCCGGCAGCGGCAGUCGCUCAAGGUUCUCACACAGAACCCGUGGGGGUGGCAGCAGCCCACAGCGACCCCCCUCCCAGGGCAGGCCUGAUGACGGCCGCGGCUACGUGGGGUAUUUCGACCUGUGGCCCUACAGGGCCCCGAUGCCCAGGAAGCGCGGGCCGCCACCGCGGCACUGCGCCAGCCCACCCCACAAGAGGGCCACGCUGUGGAGCCUGGCUCACAGCGUUGGCUGUGGAAUGCGCGGGAAGGCACCGACUGUGUCGGGGCAAGAUGGCUACUCAGGCUUGCAGCCACGGCGCUGGGCCUGCCCACCCCGCAAGAGAGCUGCGCCCCGGUCGAGCCUGGCUCGCAUUGGUGGCAGUGGAAUGCCUGGGAAGGCCCCGGCCGUGUGGGGGCAAGAUGGCUACUCAGGCCCGUGGGUCCGGGAGCCACUGCCCCCGUGCCGCGACCCCGGGGAUUUUGUCCCCGCACUCAGAGAGUACAGCCGCCGCUAUUAUGGCCACUCCAGUGUCCCGGACUACUGUCCCUUGAGAGGCGACGGCAACCGAAAUGGCUACAGGGGUCGCGACCAUGACUACAUGGAUCAUCCCAGCAAAGGCUCCUACCGAGAGCCCCUCAAGAGCUACGGAGGCCCAUGCGGUGCUGCCCCUGUGCGGGGGACACCGCCAUCUUAUGGAGGAGGAUGCUGCUACGAGGAGUACCAGGGCAACUCGCCCGAUGCCUGCAGUGAAGGCCGCUCGUCCGAGGCCUUGCCAGUCGUCUUGCCAGACGCCUACAGCAGGGACCACUUGCCCAAAGCCUAUAGUGGGGGCCGCAGCAGUUCCAGUAACGGUUACAGCCGGAGCGACCGCUAUGGAGAAGAAGGCUGCUACGAGGAGUACAGAGGCCGCUCGCCCGACGCCCACAGCGGGGGCCGUAACAGUUCCAGCAACAGUUACGGCCAGAGCCACCACUAUGGAGGAGAAGGCCGCUAUGAGGAGUACCGAGGCCGCUAUGAGGAGUACCGAGGCCGCUCACACGAGGCCCGCAGCGGGGGCCGCUCCACUGAUGCCCACAGCGGGGGCCGGUCCGACAACGCCUACAGUGGGGGCCAUGACAGUUCCAGCUGGAGCGACUGCUGCGGAGGAGGAGGCCGUUAUGAGGAGUACCAAGGCCGCUCGCUGGAUGCCAACAGUGGAGGCCGCUCACCCGAGGCCUACAGUGGGGGCCACGACAAUUCCAGCUGGAGCGACCGCUAUGGAGUAGGAGGCCACUAUGAGGAGAACCGAGGCCACUCUCUGGAUGCCAACAGCGGAGGCCGUUCACCCGACACCCACAGUGGGGGCCGCAGCAGUUCCAGCAACAGUUACGGCCAGAGCCACCGCUAUGGAGGAGAAGGCCACUAUGAGUACCGAGGCCGCUCGCAUGACGCCCACAGUGGGGGCUGCUCUGCUGACGCCUACAGUGGGGGCCACGACAGUUCCAGCCGGAGCCACCGCUACAGAGGAGGAGGCCGCUACGUGGAGUACCGAGGCCGCUCCCUCGAUGCCAACAGUGGAGGCUGCUGGCCUGAUGCCUACAGUGGGGGCCACGAUAGUUCCAGCCAGAGCUACCGCUACGGAGGAGGAGGCUGCUACGAGGAGUACCGAGGCCGCUCCCUCGAUGCCAACAGUGGAGGCCGCUCGCCCAAUGCCUACAGCGGGGGCCACGACAGUUCCAGCCGGAGCCACCGCUACGGAGGAGGAGGCUGCUACGAGGAGUACCGAGGCCGCUCCCUCGAUGCCAACAGUGGAGGCCGCUGGCCUGAUGCCUACAGUGGGGGCCACGAUAGUUCCAGCCAGAGCAACCGCUACGGAGGAGGAGGCUGCUACGAGGAGUACCGAGGCCGCUCCCUCGAUGCCAACAGUGGAGGCUGCUCGCCCAACGCCUACAGCGGGGGCCACGACAGUUCCAGCCGGAGCCACCGCUAUGGAGGAGGAGGCCGCUACGAGGAGUACCAAGGCCGCUCCCUUAAUGCCAACAGUGGAGGCCACUGGCCUGAUGCCUACAGUGGGGGCCACGAUAGUUCCAGCCAGAGCAACCGCUAUGGAGGAGGAGGCUGCUACGAGGAGUACCGAGGCCGCUCCCUCGAUGCCAACAGUGGAGGCCGCUCGCCUGAUGCCUACAGUGGGGGCCACGACAGUUCCAGCCAGAGCAACCGCUACGGAGGAGGCAGCCGCUACGAGGAGUACCGAGGCCACUCGCUUGAUGCCAACAGCAGAGGCCGCUCGCCUGACACCUACAGCUGGGGCUACGACAGUUCCAGCCAGAGCGACCACUAUGGAGGAGGAGGCCGCUCGCUUGAUGCCAACAGCAGUGGCCGCUUGCCUGACGCCUACAGCGGGGGCCACGACAGUUCCAGCUGGAGCCACCGCUACGGAGGAGGAGGCCGCUACGAGGAGUACCGAGGCCGCUCGCUUGAUGCCAACAGCGGAGGCCGCUCACCCAAUGCCUACAGUGGGGGCCGUGACAGUUCCAGCAACAGUUACGACCGGAGCCACCGCUAUGGAGGAGGAGGCCACUACGAAGAGUACCGAGGCCGCUCGCACGACACCCACAGCAGGGGCCAAUCGCCCGAUGCCCACAGCGGGGACCGCUCCACCGAAGCCUACAGCAGGGGCCGCAACAGUUUCAGCAACAGCUAUGGCCAGAGUGACCACUACGGAAGAGGAGGCCGCUACGAGGAAUACCAAGGCCGCUCGCCCGAUGCCUACGGCGGGGGCCGCGGCCUCAACAGUUCCAACAACAGUCAUGGCCGGAGCCACCGCUACGGAGGAGGAGGCCGCUACGAGGAGUACCGAGGCCCCUCGCCUGACGCCCACAGUGGGGGCCACGACAGUUCCAUCAAGAGUUACGGCCUGAGCGACCGCUACGGAGGAGGAGGCCACUACGAGGAGUACCAGGGCAGCUUGCCCGACGCCUACAGCGGCGACCACGACAGAUCCAGCAACAGUUACGGCCGGAGCGACCGCUACUCGAGGGGUCGAGACCGGGUAGGCAGACCGGAUCGUGGGCUCCCUCUGCCCAUGGAAACGGGCAGCCCUCCCCUGCAUGAUUCUUACAGCCGGUCAGGCUGCAGGGUGCCCAGGGGCGGAGGCCGUCAAGGAGGCCGCUUCGAGAGGGGGGAAGGCCAGAGCAGAUACUAAGCAGGAACAGACUUGGGCCCAAAAAUUCCUUUUCAAAGAAACAAAAAGAAGAACCUGUUCUAUGUUAACUACCCAAGGACUAGUAUAAGUAGGAGUUGUUUUUACCUUUUAAGAAUUUCCUGUUAAGAUCUCCAUUUUUAUGCUUUUGUGAGGAAAAACUUAAAAUUAGUUUGAAAUUGUUAAUGUUUCUUUCAACAAGUUCUUGUUAAAAGUAUAAGAUAUGAACCUGACUCUUAGUCUUCUUCUAUUUACAAGUUGAAAUAUGAUUAAUGGCUUCUUCCCUUGUAAAUGUUCCUGAUAAAUGAGGCAAACAGUUCUAAGAUCUUUCAUAAACAUCUGCUCACCUAAAAUGGAAAAAUGGAUCAUUCUGCUCAUUUAAACCAACUAGAUUGUGGGUGGAGAGUGGGAGGGAUUGGUGUAUACUACUCUUAAGAUUUUAGGGUAUCUUUCAAACUGAAUCUCUGUGUUCCCAGUAUUAAAAACCAAACAACCAGCAACAACAACAAAAAUGAUUUAGAUCAAAUGUUUAUGAAAAAUUAUGUUCACUCAGUAAAUCUGAAAAGUAAAUGGAAAAAAAAAAGAUACUCUACUGGGUGAUUUCAUCCAACCUAGAUCCAAAUUAUAUUUACAUACCGAUGAAUUGCAAAUUAAGGAUAUGUCUAAAAGCCUAUGUUCUGAUCUUCAGGACUUCACCUUGAUAUCUCUCAGGCACCUCAAAUUCUACAAAUAUAACAUCUGAAAUGAAGAUCUUUUCCCACACUUUUUUUUUUCUCAUCUCAAUGUCAACAACAUCCUCCUGGUGAGUUGCUCAAGCCAGAAACCUGGUAUUCAUCCUUGAUUCAUUCCUCUCCUAAAUUAUUGCAAGUACACACAAAUAUACUUCCAUUCAUUUAAAUUUUCACAAAAAUAAAAUCAUGGAAUCGUUAUAACCAUUACUCCUAUUAAGGGUUUAUUUGUUAAAUGAAAUUUUGAAAAAUACUUAGGACAUUAUAGCAGUGGGUUGAAAAAUAAAUACUCUAGAAGAGAGUUGCUCAACCCCACCACUGUGGACCUUUUUGGUCUGGAUAACCAUUGUAGGGGGCUAUCCUGGGCACUGUAGGAUAUUUAGCAGCAUCUCUGGCAUCUACCCACUAGAUGCCAGCAACAACCUCUAUUCAUGGCAGACAAAUAAUGUCCCCAAAGGUGCAAACCCCCAAAAACUACCUGAGUAACUAUCAAGUUAGUUACCUUAUCAUAGAAAUUUACUUUGCUCACACUAGCUCAUUAUACUUAUUUGGUUAAAAAUGUAAGAAAAUUUUGUGCCUCUGUCAGGAAGAGCAUCCAGCCUAGCUCAAUGUACCUCAUUUAGCAUCUGGUCUGCCCUCAUAAAAACAACCUCCUCUCAGUAAUGCUCAACUUCCUCAUUCCAAGGGAUGAGGCCUAUUCACUUAGCAAUAUAGUAAAUUCCUUAUUCAGAACAUUAACAUAUGCAUUACUAUAUAUGUAGUAUAUAGAGAUACAUAUAGAGAAGGAGAGAGAUAUAUAUUCUCAUUCUUAACCUUAUGUAAAAUUGUAUAACUGGCAAAAAAUAGCUAUGUUUAUAUAAUAUGAAAAUUUCUAUUCUUCCUCCUCCCACCAUAAAAUUCUGAAUAACUAAAAAAACAAUAGAAUUACUAGAAACCAAAAUCUAAACUAGAAAUAAAUGUUUCCCAAUAUUCUGGCUUACCUCCUCUGGAUACCCAAGCAUCACACAGUUCUAUUGGGGAAGAAAGUGAAGUCACUGUUUUUAGUUUAGGAUAUGUUUCUUUAUAUUUAGGGUUUUACCUCUUAUUCUUGUAACUUCAGAAUUCUGGGAGUUCAAAAUUACUGUUUACAAGUAAUUUGAAAUCCUAAAAACAAAAUCAUGCCCAGUUUGUUAUUCUGUAUAAUACCUAGUAUUAAGUACUCAUAAAUAAUAUAGUGGUCUCAGAGAUAGACGAUAGUAACUUGUAUUAAGAUUGCAAGAAUAGGGUUAAGAGAAAAUGGAUAAAAUUUGAAAUAUAUUUUGAAAUUAGUACUCAUAGGGGAUGGCAAGGAGCUAGGUAUGUGGAAGAAAUGAGAGGAAAGAAUCAAGAAUGGCACCCAGGAUUCUGGCCUGGACAGCUAAAAUAAUAAUAUCUAAUAAACAGUGGGAGUGUUAACAGGAUUUUUGUAGCUUCUUCUGCUGGUGAGGUUUUUGCUUUUUUGAAACAGAGGUGCAAUGAAGGGUUCAAGUUUAUAUCUGUAUAAACCGAGACAUCUGAGAGAGACUCAAAGAGGGGCUGUUAAAUGGGCAUUAGACAGAUGAAUCUUGAUCUCCUAAGUGAAGUCUGGGAUGGAUAUAUAAAAUUGAAAGUUGUGGCCAGGCACAGUGGCUCAUGCCUAUAAUCCCAGCACUUUGGGAGGCCGAGGUGGGCGGAUCACGAGGUCAGGAGUUCAAGACCAGCCUGAAGAAUAUGAUGAAACCCCGUCUCUUACUAAAAAUACAAAAAUUAGCCAGGCAUGGUGGCGCACGCCUGUAAUUCCAGCUACUCAGGAGGCCAAGGCAGGAGAAUUGCUUGAACCCGGGAGGCAGAGAUUGCAGUGAGCCGAGAUCGUGCCACUGCACUCCAGCCUGAGUGACAGAGUGAGACUC